AUGGUCUCUCUCCACAUGCUGACAGCCUACUUGCUGACAGCCCUCAUCUGCGGCAUCGCACACUCCCUACCAGUUUCUUCCUUCGAGGCCAGCCUUGCGAUCGGGAAAAUCAUCAAAGCUGGACCGCCUCUUUCUGACCUGUCUGGAUCGCAUCAUCGCCGCCUUGCCGCCCGACUUUCCUCAGCACGACACAAGGCGAGAUACCCAGAUGUUGUACAGCGCACUGAGACGCCUGGUGGUUUGUUCGGAGACAAUGGCGUUCCCGACCUUGCUGAUGUAGAGCAAACUUCGAUACCAGACUGCGGUCUGAUAGCGGUGCUCGGCGCUCUGGUCGGUCAGGACCCCAAGUGGAUCACAAACCUCGUCUCUUUUGCCGGAGAUGCCUCUUCCACCCGUUAUGCCGCUUUCAAGCUCGUCCAGCCUGACAGCCUCAAAUCUGCUGCCCAGAAGGUGGCGAAAGCCGCACUCACGAACGUUCGCUCUGACUCGCAUGAGGGCUGGUGGGUAGGCGGAAUCGAGCAAGCUGUCCGGCAGAUGGGACGCGACGUCGCCAUGCUCCCCUCUGAAGCCCUCGAGAUGACCACACGACGCAAAGCCAGGUUCUACUUUACCGCCACCAGCAAAGAUGCACCCGCAGAUUGGCUGUCGAAGAAUGAGACCUGGAAGCUGAUCUCUGCCAACGCCCACAAGACCCCCAUGAUUCUGCAGAGUAUCCAGGAGAAGCCUGUGAUCCUGGACAAAGGCCACGCAUUCUGGAUCAUGUCAGGGAAUGAGAACGACGGGAAGCGCUGGAUCACACUCUGGAAUCCGCAUGGCGAGAAUGAAGUGCACGACUUUGACGUGAUCUGGUCUGACUGCUACGCUCUUUACUCAUUCGUCGACAUGUCGGCGACGCCCUGA